AUAGGGGUUGGGGAUUUAGCUCAGUGGUAAGAGUGCUUGCCUAGCAAGCGCAAGGCCCUGGGUUUGGUCCCCAGCUCCGAAAAAAAGAAAAAAGAAAAAAGAAGAAGAAAAAAAAAAGAAAACUGAAUAUAGCUGGACUUAGAAUGCCAGUGGAUGGAAUAAAGACACGGAGACUUGUUAUUUAUGAAAACAUAGGUUCUAUGGCUGGCAGAUUCUCAGCUACUCCAACCUGCCAAAUCCUGGCCUCUGUCCCUCCACAUGGCCCAUUACCUGUCUUUCCCAUUCAUUCCCAGCAACUGUUCCUUCUCAUGUCAUGCUGGUGAAUCCCCCAUGUCUGGUUCCUCUCCCAGAAACCCUCUUCUCCUAGGAAGUCCUGCCUUUCCUCCCCUGGCAGCAAUUGGCCACCCUAUCUUUAUAAAAUCAGUUAGUAAGUGAGGAAGGCAUAUGUUUACAAAAUACUGGGACAGUUGAUAAUCCAUAAGAAUAACAAAACCAAGGGCUGGAGAGAUGGCUCAGCGGUUAAGAGCACCCGACUGCUCUUCCAGAGGUCAUGAGUUCAAUUCCCAGCAACCACAUGGUGGCUCACAACCAUCUGUAAAGAGAUCUGAUGCCCUCUUCUGGUGUGUCUGAAGACAGCUACAGUGUACUUAUAUAUAAUAAAUAAAUAAAUCUUAAAAAAAAAAAGAAUAACAAAACCAAAAUGUGGACAGUACUCGGCUAUCUGCUGGUACAGCAUCAAUAUCUGAAUGUACAAUGACCACCUUCACACGCUACACAAAAAGAUUAUCUCAAAAACCGAAUUUGUGAGACGCCUAGUGGCACAAAACACCGCUGGUCACAGAACAGUAUCAAGUAUAAAUUAGCUAAAAAUAUUCUAUAAACUAAAAUACAGGUCUAUAUUUUAGUAAGUAUGAAUGUCAUUUUUGCCCAGGUUGUGGUCACAAAGUAUUUCUCACUAAAAGAAAGCAGGGCUUCUGGAAGAAAUGGCUGACUCCAGGCCUGAGGCAGGAACUGCCCAAAAUGAGCCUUCAAUUUCUUGGAAAUUUGAGAAAGUUCUCAUUGUCCAAAUAAAGGAUAAUUUGAAUCACUAUAUGGAUAACAAAUCAAGCAAAUUGAAUCCUGUACAUCUGUGUAAUUCCACGAAUUCAUGUAUGAAUAUAUGAGAUGUGGAGGGAUUGUGCAUCGAAGUUAGGUUGAGAUUAUGGAAAUACUACAGCAAAAAUGACAACAUAAAGGGUUACAUACCAUAAACAGAACGGAAGACAGACUUAGACAAGGUCAGUUAACUGAGAGGCUGGGAUAUUUAAUCACCUAUGUGGAUAAUGCAAAACCUCCUGUGAGCAACGUCAGAUCUCAGAAUGAACUCUGGUGCGCUGGAAAUCUCAGAUGACCUCCUCGAAAACUACAGGAGCUGGUGCUUUUACUAAGUCAGGAGGUAAUAAUUGUUUGAUAUGGUAAUGUGAAAUAUGAUAUUCCCACCUUGAAAGACUUGUUAUAGAGGGGAUGAUGGAGAAAGAAUAGCCAGGGUGCUGGAAGAGGAAGCUGUAUGCUUAGCAAGAGACAGACUUCUGGUACAGCAAGUUGAAGUCUGGCUGGUGGUGCCUCCCACCAAUCCCAGCAUUUGGAAGAUGGAGAGCCUUCCAGAAUUAGGAAUUCAGGGUCACCCUCCUUUGGAAAGGGAGUUGAAGGCCAGAUGAGGCUAAAAGAAAUCUUCUCUUGACUCCCAACCUCUACGACCAAAGAAACAUUUGAUUAUAUAAAUUUUGCCAAGCACUCGGGAUGAGGUGAUCAAUGAGCAACUCCACCUGACCCAGUGGCUCUUGUCCAUUAAUUCUCAUAGUAGGAAGACAGGUACAGACUUCGAUGCCAGCCUGGGACACAUACAGAGUCCCAGCUCAGUUAGAGCUACAUAGCAAGACCGUCUUUUUUGUUUUGUUUUGUGUUUUUCCAGACAGGGUUUCUUUGUAUAGCUCUGACUGUCCCGGAACUCACUCAGUAGUGUUCUCGAACUAACAAGUUCUCCGCUUCUCGAAUGCUGGUAUUAAAAAAAAAAAAAGUACACCGCCGCCUCCACCAGACAAGACCCUGGCUUAAAACAAAGGAAAAGAUAAUUUGUUCAGGGUCAUACACUUGCAUUACUCACUACAAAGGGUUACAGUGUAGCUUUUUCCGAACAGCAAUCACAUACUGAGCAAGAGAAACCGAAAACUCAAAGAACCCGGAACUUAGGCCCGGAGGGCUCUAGAAAACACCUGGUUACCCGCCCUUGGAGCAAGUUGCUGGUCACGCAAGGUUUUGUGGGUCUUGUAGUUUCUCUGAGGGAGUUGGCGCAUUGCACGGUGGGAGCUAGAGCUUCCUCGGAAGACCAGUCCCGGAAGUCAGGCGGCGCCGGCGCCGGCGCACUGUGUCCUUGCGCAAGCGCGGGAGUCUUGGUUUGCGUGUAUCGCUGCAGUCACUGCCCUGGUUUUCUGGGCGCGUUCGGCCUUUUGUGGUGUGAUGGCUCUUGGAGAGGAGGCAGCAGGCGGCCGCAGCAGAGGGGUUGCCGUCACCUCGGGAUGCCUGUAGGAGGAGGGGUCCAAGGGUCCUCACGGUUUCGGUGCCUUCGUUUUCCUCCGUCAGAGUCGCCGUGCCUUUGGAAAGCAUGAGCUCCGCCCGGGACUCCGCUUUCGAGAAGCAGCAUCUCUGGAUGUACCUGCAGGCGCUGGGUUUGGAUCCGAGUUCCGGCGUCAGGGUCGGCGGGAAGAUGGUAUCCUACGCGCACCUUGGAGAGGACAUGUUUGACAAACUGAACCGCGAUGCCUUUCAUAUAGUUUCCUAUUUUUUGUUUAAAACACUGGAUGAGUCUCUUGCCAAAGAAGUUUUCAGAGAUUGCUGGCCUCCAUUUGACCAAAAACUUGACAUGGAAUUCCGGAAACAUUGCUGUGAAUGGUUAAAAGAGAUUUCUGCUGAAUGUGGGAGUAGUUUUCCUCAGGUUGUUGGCUCAUUGCUUAUGUCUCCCGGUGGUCCUAAGUUUAUUCAUCUGAUGUAUCAUUUUGCAAGAUAUGUUGCAAUCAAAUACAUUAAAACAAACUCUAACAAUUCUCCACAUUUUGCAGAAACAUUUAAUGCAAAGCCACAAGAUAUGCACAAGUGCCUUGCCAGAUGCCAUGUAGCACGCAACAGAUUUUUACAGGUUUUGCAAAGAGAACAUUAUGUUACCCAAAAAUACCAGGAUAAUGCGCAUCUGAUUGUUAAGCAAGUACGAAACGCAAGAUCAGAAUGCAUGGGUCUACAAAACCAAAUUAAAAGACUGGGACCCUGUGAUGAAAAGAGUAAUAUACAAGAGAAGAUUCAAAAGGUUCGGUCUUUGUGGACUUCAGUGAAUGAGACACUCAUGGUUUUGGAAAAGGAGAGAGAAGUUGUUAGCUCACUCUUCAGUUUUGUCAACCAGUAUGCUUUGGAUGGGGCUAGUAUUUCUGUUAAUAUUCCAAGGCUCUUACUUGACAGACUAGAGGAGCAGAUAUGUCAGUUGCAGAUAGGAAAUGUUUAUGAGGCUGGAAAAUUGAACCUCUUAACAAUUAUUCAGUUGUUAAAUGAAGUCUUGAAAGUAAUGAAAUAUGAACAUUGUAAGGCUGGCCAAGCAAGAUUGACAAUAGACCUCCACUACCUUGAAAAAGAAACCAAAUUUCAGAGGGAAAGAUUAUCAGAUAUGAAGAACAUGAGGCAUAAAAUAAAAGAGAACGUCACUGCAAUAAGACAUUCUACUGUUGAAAAGGAAGAAAAAUGGCAUACGAAGUGGAAAGGGUUUCUUGGUGUGUCUCCUUUCAGUCUAAUUAAAGGCGGGCCUUCAGCUGUGGAUCUUUUGCCUCCCAUGUCUCCCCUUUCGUUUGAUCCUGUGUCAGAGGAAGUAUAUGCAAAGAGUGUACUUUUUAAGUAUCCUGCGUCACUUCCAGAUUUACAUAAAGAAGUUAAACAAGAAGAUGGUGGCAGAAGAGAAGUGGAUACUCCAGGAAAUGUGUGUGAUGGCGCUGACAGCCCUGUGCCUUUUCCCUUACAAUGUGCUUCGUCCUCAGAUACAAACAGUUUCACACUACUUGAGAAGGAUCCAAAUAUGAGGACUCCCAAAGAGAAAAACGUGCCUUAUAAGAAAAUAGCAGGCUCUGAAUUGGAAGACUCUCCUUUAUCAGAUACUGCAAAGAAUGCACAGAGUAGUGUAUCCGGAGGGUCUCUGCUGGAGAAAAAGAGUGAUCCAUUCCAGAGAGAGCAAGAUCAGCUGGUGGACGAGGUUGCCAGAGUAGUUCUGUCUGAUUCACCACAGCUCUCUGAGGGAAAAGAAGUCAAAUUGGAGGAGCUAAUUGACACUUUAAUUUCUAAUCCCUUCUUAACCAGGAAACAAAUUCCCCGGACUCCAGAUAACUUGACUGAUAUUAGAAGCUCAUGGAGAAAAGCUGUCGAAACUGAAGUUAACAGAAGUUCAGAUGGGAUUCUAGUGGAUGCCAAAGCUGGAGACGUGUCGUCAGAGUCUUCAUCUACACUGCAUAAUCAGAGGGAAUUUAGCAUGGCUAUUUUUUCCCCAGAUUUUGAUGGGUCUUAUUUGCCUGAAGAGAAAGCUGUUCCAGAUCAGCUUACCAGUGUACCUCAGAAACAUCUGGUAACGAGUCAGAUCAGUGAACCCCCAACAGAAGAUGAGUCAGACUUGAUAAAUAAGAAAAUGAUUUGUAAGCAAGAUUUAGAAUGUGCAGCCACCAGGCUUUCAGAAACUAGACAAAUGGAGGCAUUCUCCCCUGCUGUGGGCAGUGGAAUAGAUGUGAUGGGUAGAAGUAAAGAGGACUGUGUUCGACUGUUGGACUACUCACAAGCUUCUUGCAGUGAACCUUCCACGCAUAAGACUUUGCUAUGGGAUUCUUUCCAGAGGUUGAGUGGCAUUGGCAUAUUACAUGAGACUCUUCCAGAAGAAGUUGGUCACCUAAGUCUUAAUAGUUCUACAAAUUCAGAGACCACUUUUCACCUGGAACCAAAGUCUUAUGUAGACAGUGAUGCUUUUCCAGAUGGUGUGGGGAAAAGACCAGCUAUUCCAGAAUUAGAUUCCAAUUUACAGUCUCUUCUCAGUAGUUAUGAGGCUCUGAAGAAAUCUCUUAACAAAAUCAGGAAAGAAUCUCGCCUGUCUAACCUUGAACAACACAAAAUAGAAUUGAGUCCUGUAGCCAAGCAAGUAGAUGAUACAUGCACUGUUUUGGACACUCAAGAUUUGUUUGUUGACUGCACAAAGCUGUCUUCCCACGUGUCCUUUGAUGAAAGAACACAGACUGUAUCACCUCUAUCUAAAGCUUUUCUGGUGGAGCAAAAAUUGAGGACCACAUUACCAUGUAGGCUUGGGGAAUUUCUGCCUAAUUUAAAAGAAGAAGAAAUCUCAAGUAAGAGCCUUGAAGCAAGAGACUCUCUGAUUUGACAAGAUAAAGCAUUUUCCAGUUGAUUUAGCUGAUGCACUUACUCUGAAGCCUUGUCACUUAACUGCAGCUGAGAUCCACACAUUGGAAGUGUAAUUCUCUUUCUAGCAUCAGAGAAGUUCUGAAUGUACUUUGGCUUCUUAUAAUGUGUUUAGGUCUUUCUCUCUCUCUCUUUUUCUUGCUAAAUAUUAUGAGUUUGAAAUGUGAAGUAUUUAAGAACAGCGAAUGUCAAAUUUUAGAAAACCAUUUUGAUUCCUAGAAUAAUCUUAUAAGUAAAUUACAAAUAUAGUUAUGUUAAAAAUAUUAGUCAUGGGGUUGGGGAUUUAGCUCAGUGGUAGAGCGCUUGCCUAGCAAGCGCAAGGCCCUGGGUUCGGUCCCCAGCUCCGGAAAGAAAAAGAAAAAAGAAGAAAAAAAAUAUCAGUCAUUAACAUAAGGAUGGGUGCAUAAUCUAAUAGCCACUAAAUAGCCAUAUCUCUCUCAUUUUAGAGAAAUAAACCAUUUUACUGGAUCUUGAUGGAUAUUAUGGUAAUAACACAAAAUGAAUGAGGUGUAGUACCCUUGGAUGUGUAAUCAAAGCAACACACUGUAACGUUUGUAAAAUUGUAAACAGACUUAAUGAAUUCUAAGUAUAUUGGUCCUGCAGAAUGAUGUUGAUGGGAUAAAAUGCAUGUAUGUGAUAGGUGAAGAUGAAAUGGAGUGAAUUGAGGAGAUGGGGAAAGGUAGAAGAUGGCCAGAUGUUUAAAGAACAGUCAGACUCUGUUUUGUGUAUGUUAGACUGAGAAUUUAAUUCUAUUUAUAUUUAACAAGAAUAUCAAUGAGAAAUUUGCAAAUUUGUUUUACAGUUGUGGUCUGUGGGUGGUAUGGUGGGUGUUGUUUGUGGAAAGCAACAAGGUUUUAUUACUUACUGAUUGAAAGCAUUAAAGUUCCCUAGUGCCUACAGAAUAUUCCAAAAUAGUUUUGAGAAAAUCGAACAUGGAUUUAACAUUUAUACAUUUUGCCUUAUUGUCAGAGGUCUUGUUUGUGUCAUCCAAGGAAUAGAUACAUGUGCCUUAAUAAGCCUGACUAGAAGAGGCUCUAAAAGGUUGGUUUAUCUCCUUCUAUUCUGUGCAGAGCCUCAGUUUGUAACUUUCAAAAUCCUGUCCCCAAGUCUUAAGAAAAGGAAGAAGAGAAAGGUAGAUGGGCUGAGUGUCAGAAGGAUUGUAUAAGAGCUGUUUACAGGGAGGGAAAGAGGACAUGUUUCCGAGGGCUCUGGUUCCUUCACGAGUGCAGCAGAGCAGACUGUUCGGGUGUACUGGGAAAUCACUUGUUGUUGACAAACAGCCUGGUAUCUAGACUCGAAGCAUGUUAGGGGAGAAGAAGGACUAUCAGAGGAGCCUCUGUCAUCCAGAGCCAAUGCUAAGUGUUUAAUACACAUGGUUGCAUUUAACCUUUGUAAUUGAGAUAGGAGGUAUACCUCGCCUGCAGAUUCUGAAGCGAGUGAGAGAUUAAGUGGCUGGGGUGGGAUGCCGGGGCCACCUGUAUUAGGAUCAUCUGAGAUGCCUGUUUAAAGAUGCUUAUUGAGAGAGGGUCUGGAAAUCUCAUUCAGAUAUGCAUCCAUGGCCACUCACAGGCUCAGCAGCUCGAUGCAGAGACUGAGAUGCACGGUUAGCCCGAGGUACCUUUAAGACGGGGCACACUGUCGUAUGCAUAUUGCUCAGCCCUUCAUUAUGAGAGUUGAAAGGUCAAGUAUCUGGAUAUCUUGGGUUUAUAAGAGUCACUGAAAUUUGCCUGUGGAUGGCUGAACAUUCCUGAACUCAUUAUUUCUUGUUUCAGCACCAUGAUCAAAUCUCCAAUCUGUCACUUCCAAAACUGAUAGUAACUUAAUGCUUUCAGUGCUUUCCCGCACAGCGUCUCCUGCAGCUCUGUGAUGGGUAGCAGCUACUUGGAUCUUGUCAGGUCCUUGCUUACAAGCCCAUUGAUGGUUCAUUGCAAUUACAGAACAGGGUUUGGUUUAAAGACAGCUCCCUUACUUAGACACCCCUCCCCCCAAACUUUUACAGUACUUACCUUGUCCUUCUAGCUCAUCUCAGUUUUUUAAUUUGACUUGAAGACUUUAAGAACCUUUCAUUAUAGCGGUUAGGAUUUUUUAAAUUUUUUAUUUAUUUUCACAUGUGUGGAUGUUUGCCUACAUGUCUGUCUGUGUACCUUUUUGGUGCCUGGUGCUCCCUGAGGAGGGAGUCAGAUCCUCUGGGACUGGAGUUGGCUAGUACUUGAACCUGGGUCACAGGAUGAGCAGCCACUGAGGCAUCUCUCCAGCCAGUUAUAGUUCCUUUAGAACUCAGAACAACACCUUCGAUCCCAGCACUUGGGAAGGCAGGCUGAUCUGAGUCUAGUCUACAAAGUCAGUUCCAGGACAGCCGCCAGGGCUACAGAGUGAGACCCUAUCUGUAAAACAAGAGCUGAAGGCUCAGACAAAUCACGUGGUCUGCCUUGAUGUCUUAAUUUGCCCUCCUAGAUCCAUGGUCUGACAUCCUUUUUGAAGUCUAUUGUGUAACUCUUUUGUGUGGGAGGGUGGGGGGUGGGAGGUAGGGAUCUUGCAGUUGUUCAGGUUAGCUUCAGCUCACAGCAGUCUUCCUGCCUCGGUCUCCCAAGUGCUGGAACUACAGAUGUUUACUUAGUUUUUACUUAGUGUCUUUGUCCCCCACUGUACGUGAUUUCUGAUCACAGCUGUGCACACACCUUCUUACCUGUGUAGAUGUCUGUAGGGUAUGUAUACUGCUGAGCAUGGAAAAUGCUGACAAGUAAGAUAAGAGUACUUAAGGAGCAUUUGGGGGACAGGGACCAAGCUCAACAAAAUUCUAAACAGACAUUUUGAAACCUUUACAGUAGUUUUCUUAGUUAUAAGGUCUGAUACCAAUUUUACCUAAAGUGUAGAUGGGAAUUCUUGAGACCUGUAUAAAAGCAAACUUUUUUUCCCUAGUGUACUAAAAAAAUGUGUUUCAAAACAUUUCAUUUAAUGUGUGAAGACAUUAUGAAGAUCAGAUGCCUGGUUGCUCUCAAGAGCACCCAACUCUUUAUGCACGGAGAGCUGGCAAGUUCAUGUUCUUAAGUGGGAAAUGCCUAUGUUCUAAGGACUGUUUGGAAGUGUGUUCUACAAACUGCUGUCUAGAAUAAAUACUCAGUGUUUCA